AUGUUGUUAAUGGGGGUGGAGGCGGGAAUGGACAAGGGGAAUAGGAACGCUGAUGGGAAUGGCGAUCGCAAUGGAAAUGGAAACGGAAAUGGAAACCAAAACAAUGGCCAACAGAGAUUCGACAAAAGUGACAACAACGGCAACAACGGGGGCAAUGGAAACGACAGGGACAACGGCCGAGAUGGCAGAAAUGGCAAUGACGGGAACAGAGCCAACGGAGGAAACGGAAACGGGGACAACCGAACCGGAGCCAACGGCAACAAUGGAAACGCAGACGGCGACACCAAGAACAACAGAGACGACCGCAACAGAAAGGAACCAAACAACGGAACCCCAAACCAAAACAACAAGAACAACAAACGACAAUCCAACAACAACAACCUAACCAUCCAACAAUGCGAAGACCAGAGAAACGCCUGCAAACAAGCCCAACAAGCGGCUCCAGUAAAAGACUUUGAAUCGGCAGUGGCGAGCACGAAUAUCGGGCCGGACCCGGAGUUUCCAGACUUUGAUUUGAUUUGUGAGAUUUGA